AUGUCGUUUAACGUUGCAGGUUCUUCCACUAGUGUUCCUGUUAUUCCUUCAUCUGAUCUUCCGACGGUCGAGGAAGUGAGAGAAUUUAAUGCCAAAGAACUUAGUGGCUUUUUGAAAAGGAGGCUAAACGACAUCGAUAAUCACAUAGACACCUUAACAGCUCAAGAACUCAAGGGCUCAACUUUUCUUAAAUUAACACGAGAUGAUCUUUUGAGUAUUCAAGUACCUCUUGGACCAGCAAAAGAAAUCGUUGAGUUGAUUAAUGACAUUCAAGGAGAGUAUCCUAUAAAGAAACGUCUAAUAGAACAGUGGAAGUCAUACACCGCCUCUGAUAGUCACUCCGUAGAAUUGCCAUCCGUAAUAAUUGACAUGCUUGAAAGUAACGAAUUCGUACCUGAUUUGCGUAUGAAUUUUAAAACUGCCUUCCAGAACCUUCAUGUUGGUCAAUCAAUUACCCUACCACAUCUUGACCAGGAACCUAAACACUUCGCUAAAGGUUAUCAAGGAAGGACAUUGCUUGUUACUGGGCAGAUGAUUGACAUAUGGGACAUGCUUUCAGCAGAUAGCGACCAUUCAAUCAAGCGUGUUCUCUCAGGCCCAAUGGGUGUGGGCAAAUCAUAUAUUUCCUACUUCCUUGCAUCUAAAGCUUAUGCUGAAGAAUGGCCGGUGCUCUACAUCGCAGAUGCGUCUGAACUUAAUGUAGAAUCAACAGAGAUAGCAGCAGCGGUGAUUUGCAGAUACUUCCUGACACUUAAUAAAGAUAUUUUGACUGCCGCCGAGCUUAAGAAAAUUGUGCGAUUUGCUAGUAAUCGUAAUCUUCAACAAGUAAUGAUUACCGUCGCUGAAGAAAUUCUAGACCUAAUCAAAUUAGCAAAUCGCAAAACUCUAUUAAUUGUUGACGAACAUGGUAUAUUAUUUGAAAAAGAACCGGUACCUUUAAGAAUUCACCUCUUAAAUCCUCUGAUGAAUCUUAAUUUUUGGGGAGAACAUUACAAAUUUGCACGUGUAAUCUUUACGGGGACUGCACAUGCUAGAUAUGAGAAGGAAAUCAUGAAAAAUGAUCAAUAUGAAUUUUGGGUGAUCUAUGUUGGUCCACUACAGAGCAAUGUAUUUGAUAUUUUGUUACAGUUGCACCCCGUUCUGAGGAUACAAGGCAUCAAAGAAGAAGCAAAAAAGAUCACGAAUUGUGUGCCACGUGUACUCAUGUAUCUAGUUGAAUAUAUCAAACAACUCAAUAUCACUAUUACCGAUGUAAAUUGCUUUCAACAAGUAUUAAAAAAUUUUGAGAAUGAACGGGUUGACAAUAUUCUGCUUAUUGCUCAAAAUUAUUAUAAUGAUCUCCCGAAAACUGAAAAAACUCGCCACUAUGAUGCUCUCACAAGCAUGUUUCUUCCCAGCAAAUCCGUUGUGGAGUUUGAACGGAAUUUCUUAGAUCUUGGGCUAAUUUAUCGGUACAAGGAAGGGAUUACUCAUUACCUCCCUCUAUGCCCAUCUGCUCAGAAAGCCUUAUUAAAAAUGUACAUGUCACUUGAUCUACCUGAAAAUAUAAAAAAUCAACUCCGUGUAGGAAGACUAACUGGAGAGCAAUUUGAGAAAGCCUUAUUCAGUCAACUUGUAUGCAAAUGUAACACAACAAUAAAACUCAAUGCAACGGAUCUCAAUAAUAAUAAUAGAAAUGUUAUUACACUUCAGUUUAACGACUAUGAUUUGAUUAAAAAUUCUCAAUUAUCCCUUGGACCUGGUAACGAUAAAGUCUUAGGUCGUGGCUUUAAUAGGUACCCCCGAUUUGAUUAUAUGCUCGGACCUAUAUUCAUACAGGUAUCUGUCAGUGACUUCGUAACAUACAACAGCAAACCAUCAACGAACAUCAGGAAAGCAUUUGAAACAAUGUCUGCACUAGCUGGUAUCUCUUUAGAGCAAAUUAACGGAAGAAAUCAGAUCGAGAUGUAUUUGGAUGAGAUGUAUGGUCCUGGUCAUUCUGCUGUAAUAGAUUCACAAAAUAAGUUUGUUGUUACCAGAAAUGGCAAGCGCGUGCCUGGAUUUCAUAUUGUCUAUAUUCGAGGUAGUCCCGGCGCUCCUAAUCACUCUGGAAAAGUUCGUGAAUUUCCUGACUGUAUCGAAAAGCAACUGUUGGAAAGGGGAUCUACAAAACAGUCCGCGGAUGAAACGAAUACCGCUACUACAGGAUUGACCAAUAUUGCUACCACUACUAUCAUAAUGGCUAAACAAAAAGACAUACAUAAGCCCAACUGUCGGGUUCUACCAAAGUUUCUCUUGACCAAAAUCCCGAUACCAGCAGUAAAAAGCGGACCAAUGAAGCUACGGGUUCUUUAUAUAGCAGGAAAUCCAAGGAAUGUGUUCGACCAGAAGAUUUCUAAAAUAAAGAAAUUGAAAGGACUCUAUAGAGAGUCCGCAUGGGAAGUUGAAGAUUAUCAACUUUUUUUGGAUG